UACAGUAGUACCCUACAUUUCAAAUUAAAACGUACCAUGCCAUUUCGCUCGUGUUGUAAAGUUGUAAUCUUAUUUUAAAUUUUGUCAAAGAGCAGGCAACUAAUAAACAAAAGCAGGCAACAGGGAGCAUUUUGCAGUAGUACUUUAACAGCCAACAAAACUAAAAGCUGAAUAACAGCUUUCAAGAAAUCCAGUUAGCGAAAUCCAUUUCAAUCUGAACCAGAUGGAAUAUUUCCACCCGAAUGAGCCGCUUAGCGAUCUGGACGAUUGGGAAAAACUGGCGCUCAUGGAUCGAGCCCUUUGUAUUUUUCGUAUACAUAGUGCUUCUAAUCAUAGCCAUCCCGAUUUGUGCGCUGAUAUUUGCUAAGGAGAAGACCAACCUUCGAACGAGAACAUGGUUCGUUGGCGGGAUAUUUGUUCUGAUGUCGCUGCCGGUGUCGCUGCACACCAUCUUGCAACACCUGAUCCACUACACAAAGCCCAACUUCCAGCUGCAUAUCGUGAGAAUUUUGUGGAUGCCACCCAUCUACUCUCUUACUGCCUGGCUGUCUUUGCGCUUCCCGGAAUCGGCCAUCUAUUUUGAAACUUUUCGACAAUGUUAUGAAGCUUAUGUUGUGUAUAAUUUCAUGCGUUUUCUGUUGAACUAUCUGGAAGAAAAGAUUGUCGUCAUCAACAUCUUGGAAUCGAAACCUCCUCAAAAGCAUCUUAUUCCGUUUCGUUUAGUUCUGAAACCUUGGCAAAUGGGAGCUGAGUAUCUUCUGAACUGCAAACUUGGAACGUUGCAGUACACAGUAAUCAUGCCAGUGAUUACCGCCAUAUCUUUCUUGUGCGAGUCACUGGAUGUUUAUCACGAGGGAAUUUUUAGCGGCUCCAGCGCUUGGACAUAUUUGAUUGUAUUCGCCAACAUCUCACAAAUCUGGGCAAUGUAUUGUUUGAUUAUGUUCUACCUCGUAUUUCGUGAGGAACUGAAGCCCAUGUACCCGCUGGCUAAGUUCCUGUGCGUCAAAUUCGUUGUUUUUGCCUCUUUCUGGCAGCAAAUAUUUAUUGCCAUUUUAACAAACGCCGGGGUUACCCAGUGGCAAACCGCGAUUCCCGAAAACGACAUUCGUUCCAUAUCGACGGGAUUACAGGACAUUAUCAUAUGCGCUGAAAUGAUUGUCGCAUCGGUUGCGCAUUAUUUUGCAUUUUCAUACAAGCCUUACGUGAAUUUGGAUGUACCCCAGACUCCCUGUUGCCCAUCUUUCUGGGCGAUGUUCGGCAUCCAAGACGUUAAAACUGACGUUAUGGAGCAAGCGAGGAGUGUUGGUUCUCAAAUAAAAGCAAUCCGGCCAAGAGCAGUGUCAUUCCUAACUCAUGAACGGGAAAGAGCUCGAUUAAUGAGCCGGCGCACUGCAGGGAAACCCAUGCAACAAGAGCCCAUCAAAGGUUCGUUGGCGUCGGAUCAGGCUGCCCGUCCCCGCUCUGCCCCUGGUUCUCCGAUAACCUCAAAGGCAGCACAUGGGUCCACUGUUUGGAGUGCCACGCAAAAAUAAAAUCUUAUGAAGAAGACUGCUGCUUAAAGCAACGUGAUUUUGAUGGCUGUUGAAAGCGAUAUUGGCGAUGCCGCGGCUCGGGAACCACAGGGUUUACGCUGUGGCCCGGUUUACAUUACAUUCAGAUACUAUUGCCUUACAGCAUGAUACGGAUACAGGGAUACUGAUUUGUUUUACUUAUUUCAAUCCGUACGUAUGCAACACAAUCUUCGUGCGAAUCGAGCAGAUGCAUCACAUUAUAGUGACCUUUUCAAAAUUCCUUGUGCAGCCAAAGAGUAAUUAAUAAAGCACAGCUAG